UUAAAUUUAAGUUUUUCCUCGUUAUUGUGGACCCAUAUAUCGAAACAUAGACUCUUAAAACAUGUACUUUCAGGGUAAAGAGAUUAUUAGCUAUGUUCUUAAGGGUGUUUUUCAUGUUGAUGCGGAAUCUUUAUUAAACUACCUAUCACUAGAAUUAGGGUGGCAUGCGUGAAAUCCUCAGUAAUUUUCACGAGAUUCCGGGAACUGAAGUACAGAGUAGACAACCUGAUGGCUUAAUUAAACAGUCUGUAAGCAAAGGUUUAUGAAAGAUUGUUUACCGUCCACUAUAAUGCUGUGUGCAGUAAAUAAACCACCCCACAUCCCACGGCAAAGAAGAAACAGAGGUUACGGUGAUGACAGAGAUAAUAAGCAGAGUUGCGCAGAAGCCGUGAGUAGGGAAAGAGAAGUAAUAAUAGUGAUGCAACUCUGAGACAGCUCGCCGCCUUCCAAGGUUGCGCUACUAAGGGCUGAGGCAGCGGCAGCAUAGUGGGGAGCGCCAGUCUCGCUGCGCGCUCCUCAGCACUCUUUAAGCUACACCAGCCUCCGUGGUUAAUGAAAAAGAAACUGAAUUAUAUAAAAACACGGGCAAUGGCCUAAUAUGUUAUAAAGUGUGAAAAAAUAAUGUGAGGCAGAUCCUUGAGGAGCCACCUUGACCAGACGGCAGCUACGAUGUGUGCUCUGUGAUACAUACUGCUGAGGGAUUUGGCUGUGUUGAGGCACUCACAUUCACCGCGACAACUGAUUUGUAACAAGCAGAAGUGGAACCAGCGACCAUGAACCCCGUGCCAGGCCUGCCCCCGCUGCCCAAGAGUCUGAGCGGGCUCCUCACCUUCGCUGGCCGCCGGGAGGGUGGAGGCCCCGAGCGGUACAGUCCUCCAGUGAAGCCCAACACAGAACGGUACAGCCCCCCCAUCAGGGCAGACUCCCGCACUGAAUCCCGCAUGGACUCACGCCCCGAGUCCGCACGUUCUCAUUACUCAGGUGUGGGUUACGGGGCAAGUGCAUUUGAGCCUUACUAUGCCAACGGAUCAGUGCAAGGGUUCUCUCCUCGUUCCUCGCCACGCAGCCACUCCUCCUCUCCCCGUAACCAAAGUGGCGGCGGCGGGGCUACGUCAGGAGGCAGCAAGACUCACAGUCCCCGAGGCAGCCCUCCAGUGCCUGGCUCCAUAACAGGCAACAACCCGCGGCUUAGUCCAGCGCACGCUCCCCCCAUGAGACAGCGGCGACCUUCCACCCUGGACUCCCAGCUGGCCGUGCUUAGGAAGGAAAUGGUUGGUCUGCGACAGCUGGACAUGUCUUUGUUAUGUCAGUUGUGGUCACUCAAUGAAUCUAUUCAAGAAUUCAAGCAGCUGGUUAAUGAGCGGGCAGCCACUGGGAUGGACUGGGGAGGGGGAGACACUUCAGCUGAGGACACUGAUGACUACUAUGGCAUCCCUGUACGGCGACCCAACCCUUAUCUCCACCCUGUGCCUGAACAGUUCCCACAACUGUCUCCCUCUUCUUCUGAAUCCAGUUUAGAAUAUGGCAACAUAUAGGGCCGUGCAACUGCCCUCUCACGGCGAUACAGAGGGUCGUGCAGUCAGCCGCGUUCUUCACUGCCUCAUCACAAGCGUUGAUAGUGAUGUUUUUAUAGAGGUGAUAAAACUUGGGUAAGAUGUCAUACUCUAGCUAUUGAAGUGCUAUAAGUUGCAGCAGCCAGAAACAGAGUGUGUAUGUAUAUUUUAAUUUUUACACUUGAUGCAUUGUAGAAAGCAAACAAAAUGGCUGUGCAGCAUUUUGAUAUACAAUGAAGGACAGUUUGAACACUAGCCAGGUGCAAUAUUUUCUAGACAUUAAUUUUCUGGGUUGCACAUGAUGUGACUACAUCCUGUAAAGCUGCUGACAGUGAGCAGGUGGUUACAUCCUAGCAUUUUUUUUGUAAUAUUUGCAUGGUUGAUGAACUCCUGAAACCUGAUCUUAAUACUGAAGUUACCACCAUGUGAUCAGUUCUGACCUUGUCAUUGUACACUCAUGGCUCAAAUGUUUGUAAGCAUUAUAGGUUCAUCCUGCCAUAUUGAAUGAGAUUGUGGCAUAAAUUCAGUGCAUGAAGUUGAUGGUGUUGGUGAUACACAGACUGUUGAUGGUAAAAUGCUUGAUACAGUCCGGAUAUUGAAUGGCCAUACUAACCAUGCUUUGUACCAAGAUGCUUGAUCCACAUCUUUUCAGGAGUCUGCAAGAAGGAUUCUUAUUACAUAUACGAGUUGUUAAUCUAUUUACAAACAUCUGAGACCUAUUGCUCAACGGCUAGACAGAACCAAAGACACAUUACACCCAUCCUUAACAAAGAGGAUGUAUGAAAGGAAAACCCACAGCUUGUUUACCUUUGGUUUGGGGUGAAACCAGACAACUUUCUUGCUGAAACUGUCACUUCUUGCCCGGUUGCACAAUUGUAUGUGUAUAAUUCUGUUGUUUAGUUUUUAGGUCCUUCCUGAGGACCUCAUAUCCUGUUUUUGAUACAUGGUACACUGAUACAUUAUCUAUUUCACUGAGUCAUUCCCAUUCUUUCCACAUGGCCAUAUCAGCACAAUUCAUGUGUUCUCAUAAUUUCUCUGAUGCAACCAUUUUCAAUCUCCUCCACUUUACACAUAGUUUCAUUUCAUGAUGUAGUAUUACAUGUCCACCUCGCCAUACUCAUUUGCCACAUUCGCAGCCUCUUGUCAUCAACACUCAGAGUUUCACUACCACUCGGCAUGUGUGUAGUGCCAUUACCAUUUCACAUAUUACAAGAUGUGACAUGACACCCAGGUAGCAAAAUAGCUGUCAGCCUGCAUUGCAUCACCAUUAGUUUGUACCAUUACAUGAUCCUCUGUGACUGAGCAGUAGCUGAUUAUUAUGGUCAUGGUCUUCAAAUGAUUAGAAUGCUGUGAUCUUUGUGCAGUAUGCUAGUAAAUUGCCAGGUAUGUAAGAAAAUGCAGAAUUCAUAGGAUGUUUAACAAAUAUGUAGAAGUUUUAAAGAAAUUCCAUUUACUUAAUGGAUUUAAUACUGACAAGUUUUCUUUUAUUGAUCACAGAUGCUGAUUUAAUGAAAUUUGAAUAAUCUUAUUACUAAAGAUGUCAAUGAAAGUUUCAGAAUCAUUGUAGGGUGUCAGAAUUUAAGAAAACUUGACAAGUUAAUCUCAGAACUAUCCAUCAAGUAGAAUUCUUCAUAAUUAUGAAUAAAGUAGUAAUUUCAAAAAGAUUUGUAACACAAAUGUUUCAAGAAAUGCUGGUCCUGUAGCUGAGUUUUGAGUCUGAAGAAACAAAGAGAAAAAAGGGCAGAUAAAGGUAUUUUUAUUCUUACUGAGAUGCUUGGAUCUGUCUAUCAAUUUAUAUCUGACUUCCAUGCUGUACCCAAGAGGUCCCCAUAACAAAUGUCUUUAUUCAUUCAUGUGCUUGCAUUACCCCUCAACUUCUGUCUUCUACACAAGAAUGGAGAAGCUUCUGUAAAUCACCCAGCCAGUGCUUCUUUAGCAUCAUCUCUGCAUUCUUUAGUCUUUCCUAAACCAUCUAUCAGAUCAUCUUUUAAUUUUUGUCUAUUCUCUUAUUCACUGUGAUAGUUUUGAUCUAAGGGUACACUUGUGAAAUUUACUUCAGGAAUUUAGCUGAUUAAAAGAAAAAUUCCCAAAAUUAAAACAGAAUAUGAUGAUUGUUCUGUGCUGUCCUCUUGCAGAAUUAUAGUAAGUGAUCAUGUAAACAUGACAACAAAAGAUGGUGUAACACAGGUCUCAGUGAUGACAGCUUGGCACCAAUUGAGUUAUGAAAAUUAGUGUUUGUUCCUGCUGCACACACAUAACCAUGACCCACCUUGCAAAAGAAGUAAUUUCAGAACUAUUUGAUGGCAUCUUGUAUUCAAAAGUGUGGUGUUCUCUCCUUGAUGGUGUUGUUUGUGUGGACCACCCUGUGUGGGAUUGCCAACCUGGUAUAUAGGUAUAUAGACUUAUAGGGAAUUCUCUCUGUUGCAAAGCAUCUUUAAAGACUUUAUCUUUAAAGAGAUAUUUGUUGAAUGGUAACCAUUAGAGGGAGCAGCUAGGAAUGCAACCUCUGGUGCAGCAAUGAAUGUACACUACACUUUACGUAUGGACUUGUAAUGAUCGUCCAAGUGGCUUUUAGUCAGCCUUGACUAUCCUGCCACUGUACUAGGCUGUAGACAAUCAUAUAAUGGUAUACACUGAUGCACUGUUAUAUGCUGGCAGCUGUUUUGCCUCCAACAUUGUGGGAGCAGAACAGUCACUUGAUUUCACACUUCAUGACUGAGGGUGCCUUCUGUACUUAACCCUCUUGGCCCUUAGGAUUUUUGUAUUUAGCAACGUGGUCAUUGAGUGACUGCAAAGGCUUUAACUGUUGUUUUUAUAGAAACCUCUAUUGUUAGGUACUGUUACAAAUACAGUUGUUUGAGGCAGUUGUUUAGAAAUGCCUACUUGUGGUUACAAAGAUGGACAAAGGAAAUAGACAGGACAAAUGGUAUUGCAUUUUGGGUGUAUAGUUUUAGUGAAGCUCCCAACAAUGUGAAGAAAAUGUAGUGAGUAGUAUUAAGUUCCUCCAGGCAUGUUGCCUACACCAUGUGUUCCAUGGAGCUUACAGAUGUAGCUGAGGCCCAUCCAGGGAGUGAAUGACAGGCUGAAAAUGUGAAGAGUGAUGUAAAGGAACAGCAAGUUGAGUUAUCAAGCACAAGUAUGAUUGGAAGUGGAUUCCAGCCCAAAUGUAAAAAAAUUUAAACUAGUCCCCAGCACUGUGCAAUAAUGCCACACAUACUUAACUUACCAGCAAUAUUGUGUUCAUCAUAGUUUCUAAUUUUGUAAUAGUCUGUGCAUGUGUGUUCUGUAUUAUGUGUAUGUUUUUACUGCAGUGUUUUUUUAUAGAUUAGUAAUAGUUGUUGCUCAACCUUCAUGUACCAUCCCAGGUUGUUUACAGAUGUUUAUACAGAGAUUAUCUGUAAAGUCACAGGUUUGUGUCUGUAUCUUAUCUCCAGUACUUUGUUAGUGAAAAAUGUUACAAAUGUAAAACUGCAAAUGAAAAGUACAGGCUUGUCAUUUAUUAGGAGGACAGGCUGUGAGACUUUCAGUGAAAUGUAAAAUUAAAUUGCCAUUAUUUUAGUACAGACAGGCAGCUUUUGUUAGCAGCAUAAAAUGUAAUGUGUAGUUAUGUACUGGUGGUGGCAGCUAGCCAGGGUUAUUUAGUUUUUAGAAUCACUGAGUGAACAUUCCUUGUCUCUUCCAUUAUGGUAUUAUGCAUUUAGCCAUGGAUUUCAUGUCAUCAUCACCAUGUAUUGUAACUUGUAUGUACCAUAGCAUUUUGCCCAUUCACAAACUGUAGCACCAGACAGAUGGCAAGAAGUGGUGACAGCUGAUAGGAAAAGUGGGAAGCAGAUUUAUUACAUCUUACAUCAUGUUUAAAGUCUGCUUGUAUCAACUAUCUCUGAGCAGCUAACACUAAUUAUUGGAUGAUAAGGGAUAGUUUUGAUAAACAGUUUGGUGCAGUGAUUAAUCACAUUUAUGAUCUUGACAGUGUCUGUCUUGUGUGCAGUAGCAAGCAACAUCUCUGUGAACCUGAGAUGUUUUGUCAUGGUGCAGCUCACUUAUGUUUUGAAUUGAUGCUGGUAAAUCAUUCUGCUUAACUGUGGUGCUCAGCUGUUUGUAUUCUAAACAUAUUUUCUUUCUUUAUGAGGUGCUAACAAACGCCAAGGUAUUGUGAGCAUAUAUCUGAUACACUCUAUCAUUGAGGUGUACCUGUAUUACUAAUCAGAUUAAUUUACAUUCCACAUUGCAUAUUUCAUAACAGUUUGUAGUUAGGUUUAUUUUAUUAAACAACUGAAGUCAUAAUGAAAAAAAAAAUCUUCUCUAAAGUCCAUUUAGUUUAAUUGUGGCUUCAGCUUUUUUAUACCAUGUGAUUUGGUGUUCUUGUGAAAUAUGCAAGGAACGGUGAUUUGAACUUUUGUUGCUGAGAAAACUUGAAGAAAAAUUAUUCAUCAGAGGAGUAAAAUGGUGUGUAUGAUGUAGGGAGACAACAGACAGGGUUCAUCCAGCUACAGUGAAGUGAGAUUUGGUGUACAUGUUCUUACAUUCCUCAGCUGCACAGUUGUUCCAUAGAUGGCAUGACUUUUUGUGUUUCAUUCCAAAGUCAUCUUGACAAGAUGUGUGCUUUUUGUGAUGUACAUUCCAUUUUUUGUGACUGCAUUUUUGUGAUGUGUGCUUAUUUUUUUAUGCAUUGAUAAUGAUAAGGUAGGUAUGUUUACCAGACAGUUGAAGUUCAUCUCUGUAGGACAUUAUUUUGUCUUGUUGAAAAAAAAAAAUUAAAUGAGGUACUUGUGUGAUAGAUUAGAUAUUUAUCAGUGUACUUUUGUAUUGUGGUCUUUAGAAUUCUUUUCAGAAUUAAGUAGUAUGUAUACUUUAGUUACAUAAUUGUUUUCUCCUCUCAAAAGACUUACUAUUAGCAUGCGAUAAUUUGGAGGUUGUCAUGAGGGUGGGGUGUUUAUUGAGGUGUAGCAUUGUUCUGUGGUGCUGGAGGAGGUGGACAGGCUUGUGGUGAUGUGUGCAAAGUUUCUUUUAGGAACGAGAAAGAAAAUAAAUCUGUAUCAUUGUUUCUACUUAAAUAAUUAAAAUAAUAUGUAAAGAAAAUGAAGGGAAAAACUCAUAUCAUACGUAGUCAUAGUUCUGAUUUUGGUAGCUGUCAAAGUCCAGUUUUGAGAGAAAAUUUGUCUUAAUGUCAUGCUGAACAGUAAUGUUUCUAGCCCACACUGAAAUUGUAUCCACCAUGCCUGGAUUGUGUAGACUGGGUGCAGACUAGAAAUCAAGGUUGAAUUUACAAUAAGUCUAUUGUAAAAGGAAGUAAACUAAUGAAAUUGAAA